AAACUACUCUUUGUUUUACAAUUUCGACCACUCGACGUUGUCGGACUGUCCCACCCUAGACAUCCGCUAAAUAGCGCAGUCUGUAGACUGUUGGUGUCUUUUUCUAUGUCGGUAAUUGGUUUUAUCGUUACUAACCAUGACAAAUAUCUCCGAACUCUGAAAUAUCAGUUGCUCGAUAACUGAUACGAUAUAAAUGAUAUCAAUGUUAAGCCAUUCAUAUUAUAAAGCCUGAGUUUAUACUUCUUUGUACAACCAUUACCAAGGCAACCAGUGUUAUGGAACUUCAACAAAGCAUGCUUAUCAAAAUUGCCAAUUCAAUCUCAAAUUUUUGAGGCAAAAAUGAAUGUGGAUGAAAAUAAAAGUGGAACUGCAUGGUGGAAUUGGGUUCUAUGAUAAACUAAAGAACUGUUUGGUUGAGAAUUAUUGUACUCUUUCUAAUAGCAAUGUUGCAAUUUGUAAUACACUGAUCAUAAUAUGCACUUCCACGCGUUUUGUAAUGUUUAUCGUGAGCCAACCACAUACCCUGGCACGCUCCCCGGCAAUAAACUGUUACUAGCAGAUUUACUUAUAAGAAAUUUAAAGUCGAAGAGAUCUGAUUUUGCAUAAUUGCAUUACCAAGAAGAAUUAACAGAGUUAGAGCGAUUCAUCACAACUCUAAUUAUGUCGAUUUCUGCAUCGAAAAUCAACACGAAGUUGUGCUGAUUUAUAAGAUAAUAAAGUGAUAAAUACUUUUGCAUAAAGGGCGAUAAAUUGAUUUGAUAAUUCUGGUGUAAUACCUGCGGCUUGAAGUCAGUGCAUAAUAAAUAGUUGGGGUUAUAGCACUACAUAGUUGUUGCCUAGCAACAUGACGCUCCGAGACCUUUAAACAAACAUGGCGUUCGCAUUUCACAUGGAGGCGCUGAGGAAACAGCGUCUACUUGACAGAAAAAAUGACGCUCUGGACAGAAUUUCACUUCGACAGACUGAAAUUGAGAGAUUGAAUGAAGAGACAUUGCGCCAACAACGAAGAAGAACGCUCGAACAAGAUGAAGCUAACUCUCAAGCACGCGAAUAUUACAUUAAGAAUAUGGGUCGGAUGGGAACAUUGAAUCAAAAUGGUCAUCCACAACGGUAUAUUGAUAUGAUUCCAGAGCGUCAACACGGCGUCAACCGUGAUGAUUUACGUCAUCAGGCACGCGUACUUCGCGACAGUUGUCUGUACAUGGGACCUGUGAAUGAAUAUUUCUGGUCCUAAUCAAACGCACGACUUGUGUAGGACACUAAUUGCAAAGUGCACAAAAAAUUUAAGAAACAUUCAAUCGCCAGUUGAUACACAAGAUGUUUAAAAAUGUUAGGAAAGCAAUGAAUAAAAUAUUAGACAUUGUAAUGUACACAUUGCACAACAAAAUCGUUGUAUUAUUGAGGCAUAUAUAUUACACUUUUAAAA